GCGACUCCCAACACCACCAGCCUCUCCUCAACACCGCACCCACACUCAUUCACCCCCCAACGACCCAUCGCCAACGCUCAUUAUACCGAUUCGGACAGAAAGAGACAGGAUGGUGUCCAUGACAGCAGCCCUGCUGCUCGCAGGAGUCGCAGUUUCACAGGUGCAGGCGCAAACCGCGACAGUGACGGAUCUGGUUGGCACAUGGAGCAGCAAGUCAAACUCGACUAUGACGGGCGAUGGCUUCUACGACCCCAUCAAUGAGGCCUUCACCGAGCCAGCACACCCGGGGAUCGCGUAUUCGUUCACAGCAGACGGAUUCUUCGAGGAGUCAUACUAUCGUGCAGUUGCGAACCCAACAAACCCCAAAUGCCCUCAAGGCAUAAUCCAAUGGCAGCACGGCUCCUUCUCCAAGGACGCCGACGGCUCCCUCACAUUGAAACCCAUAAAAAUCGACGGUCGUCAAAUGUACUCCGACCCAUGCUCAUACAAGCACUCAGUGUACACACGGUACAACGCAACGGAGCAAUUCAAACGCUACGAAGUCGUCACAGACGGCUACCACCACAUCCCCCGUCUAACCCUCUUCAAGCACGACGGCUCCCCCCUCAUCCCCCUCUACCUCGCCUACUCGCCCCCCAAAAUGCUGCCCACCACCACCCUCAACCCAACCGCCACCGCCACCGCAGCCGCGGGCAAAGUCAAGCGUGGAGACCUGCCCAUGAACCAUGAGGUCGUGUACAAGAGGACGCCCGGCAUGGAGCGCGCGGGCAUGAUGUGGUGGGCCGGCCUCUUCCUGACUGCUGGAGGUGGCGCGAUGUAUUUCUUCUUCUGAGGGAUUACGGGACGGAAAGCAGUUCUACAGCGGGAUCAUAGACGGCGAGUUGACUUGGAUAGGAGGAUGGCGUAUCAGAGUUCUUUUUUUGUUUUUGGCGUUAGCAGGGUUUUGCGUCUGGUAUGCAUAGCUUUUUCGAGGUGCUUUCUUCAGGGACGGGGGGGCGUUGGCGGUACGGUUCACACGACUUUUGUGCGGGUGGUAGAGGUGUGCGUUUUUUUAGUUGAGCGAGAACGCGUGUUUUGGGAUGGGGCUUUGUUUCACGUUACCUGCAUAAUAUGCUACUUGUAGAAGUAUAUAGAGAUGUUAACUGUGUUUUUGGAAUAGAUGUGCAGAUGCUAUUCUAUCUAUUUGGGUUGUGGUAUGGUCCCUUUCUGUUUUGUAUGCAAUCUAAUGCAAUACUAUGACUGUGGAGGAGGAAGAGACGCUG